AUGGCUGACCUUCAAGCUCUGAAAAGUGGUAAUUUGUACACUGUGGGAUGGAUUUCUGCACUACCCCUGGAGCUGGCAGCGGCCACCGCCAUGCUUGACGAGGAGCAUGCCACCCCGACGGACUUUAUUCCCUCGUCCUCGGAUCAGAACAAUUAUGCCUUUGGUCGUAUGGGAGAACACAACCUGGUAAUCGCAUCACUCCCGGCUGGUGUUUAUGGGACAAUAUCUGCCGCUACAACUGCCCAACACAUGCUUUCAUCCUUUUCAAACAUCAAAAUCGGACUGAUGGUCGGAAUCGGAGCUGGAAUUCCGAGAUUGAAAGAGUAUGACAUACGCCUGGGAGAUGUUGUUGUCAGCAAGCCUGAAGGCACGUCCGGAGGAGUUAUCCAAUACGAUCUUGGAAAAGCCAAAGCAGAUGGAAGCUUCGAACGCAAGGGCAUGCUCAAUCGGCCGCCACUUGCACUGCUGAACGCAUUGAGCAGUCUCGAGGCACGACAUAUCAAAUCUGGUUCCAAGAUUGCUCUAUACGUCAACAAGAUGCUGGAGAGAUAUCCACGCAUGAAGAAAGGACGUCCUAAGAUACCUAGCUAUAUGUUUCAAGGAGUUGACAACGACAAAUUCUUCGAGUCAGCGUAUCUACACAUUGGUGGCCCAAGCUGCACAGCGUGCGAUACAGCCAGAGAGAUAACUCGAGAUGCCAGAGAUUCGACCGACCCCGAGAUUCACUACGGUGUUAUCGCUUCUGGUGAUACGUUAGUGAAGGAUGCGGUCCGAAGAGAUGAGCUCGCCAAAGGCACUGGGGAACAAUGCAUCUGCUUCGAAAUGGAAGCAGCAGGUAUCAUGAACACGUUUCCUUGUGUAGUAAUUCGAGGCAUUUGCGAUUAUGCCGAUUCACACAAGAAUGAUCGCUGGCAAGGAUACGCUGCUGCGACCGCGGCUGCUUAUGCUAAAGAGUUGCUUGAGGUCAUACCUCGUGCGGAGCUGCAGCGAGCAGAGAAGGCCAUCAAAAUUCUACAGGAAGGUUAG